UACACCUAGGAUGGCUUGAGGGUAAGUAAAGCUUGGGUUAAUUUUCAUUUUAAAGUGAACUAUAGCAGGUGUUAACAGUGAUCAACAACUAAAAAAGGUAAUUUGAUUAGAGAGAAUAACCAUGCUGCCCCCCUUUUGUCAGUCACUAUCACACCCCCAACCCGUUCCCACCACACUCGGGUCGGGACCCACUUGGCCCCCGCUGUACCCACCCACCACACCCUGGUAGCGGAGGCCAAGUAAUGGUACCGGUUUCACGUGUCUCCCUGGUGGUCAUCAGCGCCGUUGCACCCGAUCCAAGCGUGCUCGAGCUCCUCGCCCCUGGGAGAGCACGCGUAAACCGGGUGCCAUUCCGUGCCGGAGACCGGAUGCUGCUCCGAGGCACAACGAAAGCAGCAGACACGUAAAAUCCUUCGCGAGAACUGCGUUUUUCAUGACGCAAUCCCCCGAAGGACUAGGCACAGACUCACCGAGCAAAGCUUCACGAAGAAACUUCACACGACAAUCGAUUGAGUCUUACCUUCUUCCGUCCUGCAGUUAGAGACACACACUGAGCUCGAGAGAGAAUUCCAGCGUUAUAAACAGGACUGCAGCUGAAGCCGCGAAUAUUUAGAACGCGUGCCAUUGUGACGUCACUGAGAUUGCGCUUCAUCUCUUCACGAGGGAACAAACCAAAGUCCUUUUCGUUGUGCACAAAGUAUAACAUUUAUGCCUUUUUAUGAUGUACAAGUAAGAAAAAAAGGGACCUUUCUCUACUUCUUUCAAUAUUAAUUUACGUUAAGUUAUAUUACCUUUAUAUUUUUAUUAUUAUUUUUUUUAUUAUUAUUAUUAUUUAUUUUUUGUUUGUUUGUUUCUUUGCUGUUUUUGUGUAUACUGUUUAUAAUUCUAUUAUUGUUGUUAAAUUCUUUGACUUGUAACAUUUGCUUUUAUAUGUCAAUAAAAAAAAUUAAAAAAAAUGAGGGAACUGGUACAAUAUCUAAAAGCCUAUAGAAGAUUUUUUUUUGAGCCUGUGCAGAUAUUUUCUUGUUUGUUUAUUUGUGUAUUUAUUUUCAUGUAUUUAUUUUUACUUCCUUUUAAAAUUCUUUUUGUGUCUGCCCUUGUUAUAUUGUUGAGUAAAUUGAUUGUAAAUUGAUUGCCAUCUUCUUGUUAUAUUUUUGGUUUUCGUAAUCCCUUCAUAAGCACUGGUUAAACGGUUUACCUGGUUUCACACCCUGGGGUUUUAGGGGGACCGUAUACUUAAGUUUAGAUUAGAACUGGGGCAUUUAGCAUUAGGGACUUAGCAAAUGGCAGAAGAAGAAUAUUCAUGAAAGAAAAGAAAAGAUAGGACGAAGAGGGCAAUAAUAAAGAACUUUAUGGUGAGUGCUUAAUAAUAGUGCGUUUUUGAUUAUCGUUGUUCUUUUAAGUCACAGUUUUCCUAUUAGUCGAUAUUGGCUAAUGAUGAAAAAUGCAUACAACCACUUCCUUUUGAACGUUCCUGAAUCGAGCUGUAUUUUUUAAAUACUGUUACAUGAAAUAAUUUGUCUUUUGUUGCGAUGUAUUUUGCUGCUCAACUAAAGAGUGUUUGGAAGUCGUGCAUGUGACUUCUGUUGCAUUGUUAGACAUUAGCUUCCCUGGCUCUCCAUCUGUACUGUACUGAGGGCAACUGAGAAUUCCGAUUAAUUGCCCUUACAGUUGUAGAUUGCUGGAAAGUUCUGAGAUAAUGUUUAUUGAUAAUAUAGUUUCAAAGUUGUGCAGCAGUAGCUAUAAUCUAAAUAUAAUACAAUCCAUUAUCCAUUUAAUUAAUAAUUCAUUAAUUUGCUUUUAUUAACCUGAUCAUUCACAUUGUGUAUUUUCUUGUACAGAUCUACAUUGAGCACACACUUCAUGCAGUGUAGGUACCGUGAAUACACCUGUGCCAGUAUUGGCAUUGGGACCAAUAAUUAUGUACAGACACUUGCGAGAGAGGGUUUGCAUGUAGUCUAAAAUCAGUUUGUGACCGUCUCUGCAGACAAUUUUGGGGCACAUGAUCUAGCAGGAUUCCAUGAAAGUUUGUAUGUUGAGAAGUACUGUUGGUUUUGUCUCGUAAGUUAUGUUACAUGUUCUCUGUUGUACACAAUUUUGUUCCGAUUGUUUAUAGUGUUCAGAGAUUUUUUUUUAUCUUUCACUCUUUCAUUUCUUACCCCCUUCCCAUCCCUAAUACAUUUUCAGUGACGCUCAAUUAUGAUUUAUAAUUAAUUCUGCAGAAGUACAUCAUGAAUAAAAUGAUUUACUUUUUUUUCCUAAAGACAUCAGACGUCCUAUCACACAGAUACACUACACCUCUACUACCCUUGUACGUUAGGGAGUGUGACGCAAUAUUCAAGACUGGAUAGGUUUUCUGCUUUUGUUUCUCUCACAUUUUCAUUGAUCACCAUUCUUUUAUUUAAUGUGUCCUUACAUUUAAUAAAUAGUUUUUCCUUAAGUGUUUACAUCAGGUUAGCACAUAAUUUGCCAUGUUUUGUUUGCAAGAGUGUAGUUGUGCUUUGAUUUUUAAAUUUACACAAUCAACCAUUUUUCUUUAAUAUAUUUGUAUAUAUUUCUUAGGACAAUUACUUAAAGGAGGCCUGUGCAAGAGGAGUGAAACUGUGGGCAUCCUUGAAGUCAUGGAGGACAACCUCUCGGUGGCAACAAAGAGAUGUCUAAACUUCAGCAUCAUCCUGGAGGAAACUGUGGUCGUGGAAGACCUAUCUGACUUUCCCACUGCUUUCAUGAACUCAGCCAGAACAUCCAUCCAUCCAACAAAGAGUGGUCUUGUCCUGGAGUUACGGUGCAGUCACGGGAGUAUCGAAUGGGACAAAACCAGGUCAAGGAGGGGGAGCCAGGGCAGGACAACAGCUCUGCAGGACCAGAGGAAAAGGGACCAAGCCCAGACCCUGGGGGGGCAAAAGAGGAAGGAAAUCCAACCAUUGAGACUCAUGGUGUCGGGACAGAUGAGGAGAAAGCAGCCGAUGGAAGGUUGGAUGGAGGCCCAGGCAGGGAGUUACCAUCACCUACACCAGAGCACAGUUUGGAUUUUCAUGAUAAGGUGUGUGCUCCCACGGAUGGGGGGGUUGUGGAGGGAGGGGAUGGCGAGAAAGUGGGAGGAAGAAAGAGUAGCGAGGAAGGCAGAGCUGAACUGCUGGCUCCACAGCAGCUGAAUGGAAUCACACAGUCUAACAGCUGCCUGCAAGGCACAUGGGAGGCUGGUGAACCUGAUCACGAGAGAAAAGACUUGAAGAGUAUGCUAGAAGACUAUCUUAAACAUCAGGAAAACCUCGGGUGCGACUUUCCUGGUAAAGACAAAGUUGAAAGUGCUCACAAAGGAGAAAACAAGAGUAAGAAUUGUGCUUCAUAUGUAAAGGACGAAAUGGAGUCUGUUUUUGGAGAUGACGACAAGCUAAAGUGCCAGGAAGGGGACAGAAAACUAGAUGUUGAUGCUGCCUGUGAUAUUAGCUUAACAAAUACAGGGCCUACUUUGGAGAUUCUGGAAAGGAAGGACAUUUCGAAAUCAAGUGGUGGGGACGCCAACACCAACGUUCACUUUACGGUUCAAGACAAAGCUUUGCUCAUUACGGAAAACGUAGACUUGAAGACCAGCAUGACUGAAUCACAAAACAAGAGGCCGUUUAACAAGCCCAGCACAUCAAAACCCGUGAUGAACUCACAAAUGGAGACAUCAAAGGACAUUACUGAGGCAAUUCAGCAAGUCAAAGAAGGAAUAAGGGAGAAGCCGCCAGAGAAUCCAGAUAAGGUUGUAAAAGAAACCUUAAACACUGAACAUUCUUCCCCGAAGAACGUCGAAACCCAGGGGCGGUCAAUGAAGGUUGUCAGCGAAGCCAGAGAAAACGUUACAUGGUGUCAGCCAACAGAUGAUGUCAUGAAGACCAGAUUUACUAGUUCAUGGCUGGCAGGUGCGGAUUUACAAAAAAAAGCUGUGAGCCUAGAACGAGCGCAGAGCCCAGAGGACCUCAGCCCCUUAGAAGUGGCAUCCAAGUCAUCUCAGGGUCACGCUGAGAGCCAUCGGCAAAUAUCUGCAGGCGAAUUCACACAGGAUGAGCUUCAGAAAGAAAGGCAAUUUAAUGUGUCAGACUUGGAGAGCCCUAGGACAAAGGAACCUUCACUUGAGAGAUCACCCGCUGGAGGUCAUAAAAAUAAAGAUGGCAUAAGAGAGACUGAAGAAAGUGAAAAUCUGGAAUCUGCUUCAAAGGGCCUCUAUCGUUCCCAUGCAAAGAAAACCGAGAUAAAAGAUCUUUCUCUGCGUGGAACAGAAACGGAAGAGGUUUGUUUUGUGACAUCUAAUAUUGCCAGUGUAAGUAUGCUGGCUGAAAACAAUCCCUUGCUACAAAGCUAUGAAGAUGAGAAAUGUAUUACAUUCUCUGAAGCCAUUACGGAUUCAUACCCCCCUUCUAAAUCUGAUGUUCAAGUUAUGCAAAAAGAUGAAAAAGAGGAUUCCCCUCUUUCAGCAAAGGCCAAAGAACACAGAGAGAUAAGUCUAGAGUGGUUUCUGGCUGAAACGAGUCCAUAUGCAGUGAUACAAACCUUUCCAGAGACAGUGAAGGAUACUACUCAUAGGAUGGAUCCAGAAAGUACAUCUUCUUUAAGCGCAGUGAUUGAUGUAGAAGAUGCUACUAAACAGCAGAGAACAGAGGGAGAUGCUAACGCUAACUUAGGCGACUUGACAUCAUCAGAGAGAGACAAGGUCAGCAAGUCUAAUCAGAAUACCAUCAGCUCAAAAACGGACGUGCGUAAGGAAACAUCUGCAAAUAGUUCCAUCUCUGAGCUCAUUGCUGGUCCUGAGACAGCUUCAAGUCCCAUAGAUGACAGGCUAGGCAUGGACAAGAAAACAGAAGUCACUCUGUCUGGUUCUUCUCAACUCCAAGGGCAAUGUUUUUUGAAUAUUUUAACAAAUGCACCAACCCAUUCCGUUUUAAGCCAGACAGAUGUAUAUGAUCAGGUCCAGGAUGGUUGUACUGCAUUAGUAGACAGGACAGCAAACACAUCUGCUGCACAAGAUGUGCUACAUUCCUCCUCCAUGUGCAACCUAAUAAGUAUGCAAGCUAACGAGAAACAAGAUAAAGAGCAGAACAAGCUGUCGACACAAGCAAAUUUUCGUGUGUUAGAGGAGAAACAUUUAAGCCAGCUUGACCAAAAGCUUGCGAUAGAAAGCAACCUGACCACCAUCAUGGAAACACCGCAGGGUGCACAGAAAAGACAUGUUUCAGAUAUGAUAAAGGAAACUAUUGAGUUGCAGAAGAAGAUGAAGGAGUGGACCAAGCCGGCUGAUGUCCGGGUUGAUCUGACCUUAGAUCCAACACAGUCUGUGAAAGUUUCACAAAUGAAAGCAGCAUUUGAUCCACCAAAAAAAUCACCUGACAAAGCACUAGAGAGAAAACCUUCAGUGAGAAAAGGUAGGAACAUUUCUGAGAAGGAUGUUGUUUAUACCUGA